AACUGUCGUCCGCGCAACAUGUACGGAAGAUCGUUCCCUAGUCCGGUGCUUCGAAAAUCGAACUAACGAGGAUACGUGAGAGAAAGCAACGCUCGUCGCCUCACGAGCCGUCCUAAUUUUUACCGCGCGAACAAACACUAGCGAUCUCCAGUUCGGUGCCCAUAAAAAACAUCACCUUUUCGACGAAUAAUUGGUAAAAAUUUCAUUUUUUGGCAGAAAUCGUCUACGUCUUUCGCGCGAACUCCGAGCGCACGAUUCCGACAAUCAAUCAUCUCGAGAGUUCCCAACGGUCGGAAGAUGGUAGUGAUAAAUUGAUGUCCACCCGGAUGCACGCUUAAUUAUAUUCAAUCAGACAGAUAGACAAAAAGAAAGAGAGAGGAAGGAAGGGAGUAAAAGAGAGAAAUUGAUGGCAGUGAUAUCAAAAGCGGAGCGAACUACGAGACUUGCCUAAAUGAUCGUAUGAGGAAGGAACAGGAAGUGGACGAAGAUGCUGCUAAUCAGGCUGAUCGUGACGUUGGGCGCGUGCUGGAUCGUCAAGUGCGAUCUAUUGGAUCUCUACGUCCAGCACAUGGAUGAGACCAUGAGGACGAUGUUGUAUAGGAGUAAACGGCAUCCCAUGGACUCGGCCUCUCGCAUCAAGAGGAGUUUGGUCGAUGUCGAGCCCGUGCUCAGGGUCGGUAACUUCCAAAAGCAGCGGUUGAACUUCGACAAGGAUUGGUUGAUGCACUGGAAGACGAAUAAGAAGACGUAUUACAAGAACGACGCAUUGAACUUCCCAAACAAGCAAGAGGAGAAUCUGGAUCCUGAUCAGCAUGAGAUACUCACGAGCGACUUCGAGAAGACCAGGACAAUGACUCUCGAAGAUGCCGGCGGAGCGAACGCAUCGGUUCUGAUCGAGAUCACGAAGCCGGCAACUAGCGUCGCUAAGUACGAAGAGUGGUCGGUUGUUUCGCAGGACUACAAGGGAAUCGAGGAGCAAAGAAAAGUGUUAGGGGACGAGUUGUCGGUCAUGAGGAAGCAACAGGACGAACUCGAGGAAGUGGCUAUCAGAGAUGCGAAUCCUGAGGACGAGCUCGAAAUGGAAAUGGAGGACGAAAAGCAGAUCGAGGUCAUCAGCGAGAACGACAGAACCAAUUCGAGAGCAUCCGACGAUCUUAGCUUCAAGAGACCGCCGAAAACGCGGGGUCGCGUACCGAAGAAAUAUUUUCCGUUCGUCGACAAGCUCAAGGAUACGCGAAAAACGGAGAGUCGCGCUGAGGACGAGGCGACGACGAGAAUCAAGAGGAGUCCACAGAAGCAACGCGGAAAGCCGAAGUUUAUCAGGUACGAAGUCCUCGACGAGGAUGGCAACGUCAUCCUCGAGUGGGAUCCCUUGGACGAAGAGGAGGUGACCUUCAGGGUCACCGCCAGGACGUUGGGCUACGUCGGCAUCGGUUUCAAUGAGAAAACCUACAUGAAAGGCGCCGACAUCCUGCUCGCUUGGGUGGACGAUCACACUGGCGCUGUUAACCUGCUGGACUCGCACGGUACCGAGGAUCCGAAAGCAGCGCCGGUUACUGACACGUCCCAGGACGUUCGAGUACUCUCCGGCUCGCAAAACGGUACUCACACCACCGUGACGUUCUCCAGGAAGUGGCACACAUGCGAUCCCCAGGAUCACCAGCUGACGGGAGAUACCAUCAGGGUGCUGUGGGCCUUACAUUCGAGCGAUCCGGAAUUGAACAUGGCGGCCGGACACGGCAACAAACGGGGCGGUAGGGCUCUGAGGCUGAAGACGGCGGCGGCACAUCCGCCACCGCCCAAAGUGCGAAACGGACUGCACUGGGACGUGAAGUUCAGCCAGUUCACGGUCUCGCCUCACAUGGACACCAUCUACUGGUGCAAGAUCUUCCAAUCUCCCCUGGAACGGAAGCACCACAUGAUAGGGUACACACCGCUCGUGGAGAAGGCCAACGAGGACCUGGUCCAUCACAUGAUCCUGUACGAGUGCGCAUUGACGUUGCCGCUCCUCAGCGCCCAGACGAAGCUUGCCGGCGCUCCUUGUUACAGCUCGAGGAAUCCGAUGCCCACGGAAUGGGAGACGUGCCUGCAGCCGGUCCUCGCUUGGGCUCGCGGCAGUAAAGGCGAAUGGAUGCCGGAACACGUCGGUAUACCCGUAGCGGUGCACGGCAAUAACACGUAUUACAUGCUGGAAGUUCACUAUAAUAAUCCGAACAUGAGGAACGUGAACGACAGCAGCGGCGUAAGACUUCACUUAACUUCGGAGCUCCGUCCUGAGGAAGCGGGCAUCCUCGUGGCCGGCGUAGCGGUGAGCCCCCUUCAUCUGGUGCCCCCGAGGCAGAAGGCAUACGCCACCGCCGGAUAUUGUACUCCGCAUUGCACCAACACGAUGUUCCCCGAAGACGGCAUCAAUAUUGUGUCGGUCGUACUGCAUUCGCACUUGGCUGGGCGCCGCCUCAGCUUGAAACACAUUCGGCAGGGAAAAGAACUGCCGCGGAUAGUCCAGGAUAAUCACUUCGACUUCGACUACCAGCAGUCUCACACUCUGGAGAAGGAGGUGAAAGUGCUGCCUGGCGACGAGCUCGUUGCGGAAUGCGUCUACGGCACUUUGGACAGGCAGGCGCCGACCUUAGGCGGCUACGCGGCUUCUCAGGAGAUGUGCCUGGCGUUCGUGGUACAUUAUCCGAAGACACCUCUGGCGGCCUGUUACAGUAUGACGCCUGUCAAGGAUCUCUUCAGAAUUCUCGGCGUGGUCAGCUUCAAAGGGAUGUCGAUGGACGAGCUGGAGAAGCUCUUCCUGACGACGGGAACGGAUUCCUUAUUGACCAGGCAACAAAUCACCGCGGAUCCCGCCUCGAGAGCUACAGGCAAGAACAACGAGACUGUCAUUAGGGAAACUAUGUCCGCGUUGAAAGCGAUGAGGGAUUAUACGGAGGAGCGGGAGAACGACAACGUUUUCACGCAACUUGUCAUUCAGGAGCCACCGGAGUUCCAAAAUCGAACUAUGGCCGAGCAUAUUUUGGCAAUGCCAUGGGCCGACGAGUUGUUGGCGAAUUCGAUAGAGAGGAAUCUUUAUCAAGGGAGACACAUGACGUUCUGUAGGAAAAGAGACGACAAAUUAGCGCUGCCGGCAGAUAUCCAGAACUUUCCGCAAUUCAUAGCGCUACCGGAAGUAAACGACACGACCUGCGAGAUCUCAAGCGGAGCCCCUCACAUCCUCGUGAUACACCUGGUCACUAUUGUCAGCGUACUACUGUCGGUCUUCAUGUUCUAAGAAGGCCCGAGCGAAUAGUCAGAGACAGUCGGUGAAUGAGCGUUGCAUGAUUAAUGCGAUUCGCAUUAUCAAUUAGGCGAGUACGACGGUUCUCUACGUCACAAGUGUUCCCUGUAUAUUUUCGUACCUUACGGAACUACCCUCCUUCCUCCUUCCGAUUAAUUUAUUAACGUGCAACCCGGUGAACGGGUAACUUCCUGACAUGAACGAAUCCCGACCGUAUGAAACGAGUCCGGAAGGUUCUUCAAGUAUUACCUAUCGGCGGGACAGAAUUUUCUCGCAUAAGAAGGCGACAGAUUUGCGUGAAAAAUUUUCGUCGACCAAUGUUACACACUAUACGUAUAUAUAUAAUAUAAUAUAAUAUAAUGUAAAUACAUUGAUUUUAUUUUAACGAUGCGUACAUAUUUAUAAGAUGUAUACACUGCACACCCUUC